AAUGAGUGCGAGUCUUUGAGUGACAGCUGUCCAAUAGAGACCCUCAGUGCUGGUACGGCUAGCGGCUUAAGCGCCGCCGCGGUCUGAGGAAUGUCAACUAUUCAACAUGGAGGCGGAGGUCGAUAAGCUGGAACUGAUGUUCCAGAAAGCUGACUCUGAUUUGGAUUACAUUCAGUACAGGCUGGAAUACGAAAUCAAGACUAAUCAUCCUGAUUCAGCAGGCGAGAAAAAUCCGGUUACGCUCUUAAAAGAAUUGUCAGCGAUAAAGUCUCGAUAUCAAACUUUGCAUGCACGCUUUGAACCAGCUGCUGUUGAGCAGAAAGAGACUAAGAGGCGCAUUUGUGCUACUGUGAAUAAGACUAUCAACAUGAUACAAAAACUACAAAGGCAAACAGACCUGGAGCUGACACCACUGACUGAAGAAGAGAAAACUGCAGCAGAACAAUUAAAAUCUCAUAUGCCAGACUUAUGAAGAAAUGGACUUCCAACAGGGAACUCCAAUGGAGAAGAGAUCAAUUCCAGAAAAACUGAGGAAGAUGUCUUUUAGCACUUGAUGACUAGAAAUGGGGACUAGUGAAGGAGAAGGAGGUUUGGGUUGAACAACUGGAUAAUGAUGUCUUUCAUAUGGAAGAAGAAUAUAAGAAGGGCAGAUAUAUGAAUAAAGUUCAGCAAAAAGGA